AUGCGUUUCUCUACCAUCGCUACUUUGGCUGCGGCCGCUCUGCCUUACGCCAGUGCCUACUGGAAGGGCUUUAACGUGGGAGCCAACAAUGAGGAUGGCAGCUGCAAGAGCCAACAAGAUUGGGAGAACGCCUUCAACAAGCUGAAGAGCCUGCCACAGUACAUCACAUCGGUCCGUGUCUAUGCCAGCUCGGACUGUGGGACUCUUGCCAACGCCGUGCCUGCGGCGCUCAACACGGGCACACAACUACUCGUGGGCGUCUGGACAGAAGAUAGUGCACACUACGACGCCGAGAAGAACGCUUUGGCGGCUGCCAUCCAGCAGUACGGGCACGACUGGAUCGUAGCGAUCUCUGUUGGCUCGGAGGAUUUGUACAGAGGUGACACCGACGCCAACACCCUGGCCAACCAGAUCUACGAUGUGCGAGGUAUGGUUCGCCAAUGGGGUGUGAACCAGGACGUCGGACACGUCGAUACCUGGACCGCGUGGGUCGACGACAACAACAAGGCUGUCAUUGAGGCCUCCGACUUCAUUGGUCUUGAUGCUUACCCGUACUUCCAGAACUCGAAGAUCAGCGAUGCCAGUGCCGUCUUCUGGUCCGCCGUCGACGCUACUCGCAACCAGGUCAACGCUGUCAGCCCUGGCAAGUGGGUUUGGGUUACUGAAACUGGAUGGCCCGUCUCUGGCCCCAACUACGGCGACGCCGUACCUUCUGUCCAGAACGCUCAGACAUACUGGCGCAGCAUUGCUUGCGCCGCGUUCGACUCCAUCCACAUCUUCUGGUACGCUUUCCAGGACUAUAAUUCAUCGCCUUCCUUUGGUGUAUUUGGCAGUGACGGAAAUGCUAUCUACGACAUUAUUCAAUGCUAG